UGCAGAGCCAACAUGGUGCUUGAUCUCAGGACCCUGACAUCAGGACCCGAGCCAAAACCGAGAGUCAGACGCCCAGUGGACUGAGUCACCUAGGCGCCCCUGGACUAUUGCUAUUUUUAAAAACCCGUCUGUUCCCCUACUCCCACUGUAGAUUUACCUCUGGUCAUCUAAAGGAAAUGGGAAAGUUACAGCUUUUGAUUUUCUUUCAGUUUUGACCAUGCUGACCAAUGAAACUGGCUUUGAGAUCAGUUCUUCUGAUGCUACAGUGAAGAUUCUCAUUACAACAGUGCCACCCAAUCUCCGAAAACUGGACCCAGAACUCCAUUUGGAUAUCAAGGUGUUGCAGAGUGCCUUAGCAGCCAUCAGACAUGCCCGUUGGUUUGAGGAAAAUGCUUCUCAGUCCACAGUUAAAGUUCUCAUCAGACUGCUGAAAGACCUGAGGAUUCGUUUUCCUGGCUUUGAGCCCCUCACACCCUGGAUCCUUGACCUGCUCGGGCACUAUGCCGUGAUGAACAAUCCCACCAGACAGCCUUUGGCCCUAAAUGUGGCAUACAGGCGUUGCUUACAGAUUCUGGCUGCAGGACUGUUCCUGCCAGGGUCAGUGGGUAUCACUGACCCCUGUGAGAGUGGUAACUUCAGAGUACACACAGUCAUGACUCUGGAACAACAGGACAUGGUGUGCUACACAGCUCAGACUCUGGUCCGAAUCCUCUCACAUGGUGGUUUUCGGAAGAUUCUUGGCCAGGAGGGUGAUGCCAGCUAUCUUGCUUCUGAAAUAUCUACCUGGGAUGGAGUGAUAGUGACACCUUCAGAAAAGGCUUAUGAGAAGCCACCAGAGAAGAAGGAAGGGGAGGAAGAAGAGGAGAAUACAGAAGAACCACCUCAAGGAGAGGAAGAGGAAAGCAUGGAGACUCAGGAGUGACCUUCCUUUCUCUUCACCCCCUUUCUUUUCCAAGGGGAAGACUGUAGCCUAAGCUAACUGCUCCUGGGCUUUAUAUGGUGGCAUUUCUGAGGGAUAGGGGAGACAGGGAAAAUAAACUCUAUAGAAGGAAGUGUCAUUCCACUGGGUUCUGAUUGGCUCAGUAGCCAGAAGUCUCCCAUUUAUGACCUAUGCCAUCCAUCAUCUAUAAUGAAGCAGGAUACCAGCUUUUCUUCCUAAGACUUCGGAGAACCCAGUUCCUGGAAACCUCUCUCAACCAGUAUUUUGUUGUUGUGAACUGUUAGUGUCUGGAUUUUUUUUUUUUUUUCCUAAGAAAAAGAUUAAAGUACUUCCUAGUAGGGCUCUUGGUCUUGUUUUUCCUUGGUAUCUGGCAACCUUUUUUGCUUUCUGUAUUCUUCAGUGAAAGUGAUACUUGAAUCUUUUCAUUGUAAACACUAGAUCACAAUUUGAAGCUAUAUUUGAAUUAAAGUACAAAGACUUGGGUACAAAGA